GCUUAGCAGGAGAAAUAGUGGCAACCUAGGGUUUAUGGCGAAGACGCCUGCAUGGGCCACCUCGGCCGCUGGGUCGGGGGGUGGCGACGCUUUCCUUUGCAGAGGUGCUAGCAGCGAACAAAGAAAUUCCAUUGAAAGAUUCUUUUAGGCAUAAAGUUCUCGAGGGAGGAAGACUUUCAACGAUGUUGGCUUCGAUAUCUAUGGGGCAUCAAGGGUUUCAGGAUGAAGAUUUCGCGGUGGACUCCGGAUUUCCAUCCGGAUGUUGAGUCGCCAAUUGUACCGGUAUGGAUCUCUUUUGAUAGUUUACCGUUACAUUUGCAUGAUAAGAGCCCUCUUUUUUCUAUUGCGGGUAUGAUUGGAAAACUGCUUAAAGUGGAUGCAACAACUUUAAAUCAUACUCGGCCAUCAACUGGAAAAGUGUGUGUGGAAUUAGACUUAUUACAUGAAAUACCUUCAAAGGUUCUGAUUUUGAAUGGUAGUAAGGAGAUCAUUCAGCCUGUUUUUUACGACGAUUUGCCGUCAUACUGUACGUGUGACACCGCCCCCAAGCAUGUUUACUUUUAGUAAAUUAUGUAAUAAACCUUGAAGGAUGAGUUAUGAAUUUACGUAAUUGUUAAAUUUUACUUUUUGCUGUUACAUGAAUAGUAAAUUGCAUGUGGGGCCCACGGCGGGAACGGGGACCGCCCGAUAAUUCCCGAACCACAUAUUAUAUUCAUCUUGGUCUAGAUGACAUCUAUAUGGAGGUGGAUAUUUUAUUUGGGCCAUAAGAAAGGCAUGGAGUUGACCGGUUGGUCAAACGGGGCCCAAUUACCGGUAUUGGUAAUUUAGCGGAUAACAGCCCGAAGUGAAUUUCGGAGACUCCUAAAUUAAUGUUGGGAAAUGUACAUCUACUCUAAAG